AAUUAGCAUCAUCAUGAGCUAGCAUAAUGUUGUGCUUUUAGAUUAUAGAAUUUUGUUGCCGUAAAAUCACAAGGCAUUCAGUAUUUUUGCUAAAUAUUUUCCACUUACCGCGGUACUGGUAAUUACAAUAUUUUUAUUCAACUUUUUUCCAUGAGUUAAAUAAGCCGAUAUAAACAAAAAAAGCAACAUAAAUGUGUGUAAUGUUUUAUAUUCUGCAUUUUUGAGGGAUAGGUUAUGAAUAUUGUUUCUUCAAUAUUUAUUGUAAAUUGCUCAUUCAGUCAUUCUACUUACCUUUUUCAGAUUUAAUGCAGAAAUAAUUUGAUUUUAAUUGCAGGGCGUAUGGUCCACGUUACCCUACAACGAGCAGCGUUUGAACCAGGCAUUCCGCGAAUCCAGGAACGUGCUUCUUAUCUUCUCUGUCAAAGAAAGUGGCAAGUUCCAAGGAUUUGCCCGUAUGCGGUGCGAGUCCCGUAGAGACGGCCAGCCUAUCAACUGGGUGCUUCCCAACGGGAUGAACCGCUCCAUCCUGGGAGGAGUCUUCAAGGUUGAUUGGAUUACCAGAAACGAUCUACCCUUCACCAAGACCACUCAUCUGUAUAACCCGUGGAAUGAUAGCAAACCAGUCAAGAUUGGGAGAGACGGACAGGAAAUCGAGCCCAAGUGCGGUGAAAGCGUCUGUCGGCUUUUCCCGCGUGAUGAAAACAUAGAUGUGGUGGAGAUCCUCCGUGCUGCUCGCCGGCGGAGAGAGGAGGCCGGUCACCAUCCUCGACCGGUGCCCAAAGUCAGAAUGGAUACCCGACGCAGACGCCCAGACAAUCACAGCCAUCGUGAUUACAGACCUCGAGGGGGAAUGAAGCGACGUAUGCAAUCCAAUAGGGAUGACCGACGUCGUAUGAGACCCCCUCCCCCACCCCCACCCCCGCCCCUUCUUGACCCUCCAAGGGAUCUCUUACUCGGACCAUCCUACUCCGACUACCUUCGUGAUUACUCCAGUCGUUCCAUGGGCAUGCCAAUGCCUCCUUACCCUUCACAGAAUUAUUACGACCCUAUGAUGCCUUUUCCACCGUCGUACCCGCCUGCUCCGCCCCUCUCGUCUCACCGUCUGGGUGACUACCCGCCACCUCUCUCCCCGCCUUCCUCGCGACGUGACAAGGACCGGGAUCAUCGCGAUCGAGAUCGCGGGGACCGUGGAGAUCGCAGGAUGCGACGUGAUCACGGGAGAGAGCGGUCCAAGCGGGACCACAAGGAUCGCAGGGGACGAACGUCCUAUGACCGCCAUGCCGAUGAGUGCGAGGAAUUCCUACGUCGUGCUACGUCCCGGCCGAGCGCGAGUAGCGGCGGCUACGGAUCAAGGCACAGUAAUAGAAGGUAGACUGCAACAGUUGAUCAAGUUACUUGGGUUCUGCAUUCUCGGAAGCGGUAUGAAGGUCUGUCUAGAGUUUCAGACAAUUAAUGGUGUAAUGCACAGACUUGGUGGAGGGUUGUUUUUUAAUUUGGUAUUUGCUGAAAUCCGCUUGCAGGAAAAGUGCUUUGGCGAACUACAGCGACUGGUCUUGAAUGGUCUUGUCUACUGUUAAUGAAGUUUUAUAGUAGAACUCAAUAAGGUGGCUCCUUCUGUAUUCUAGAAAGCUUUUGUAUGAAGAUUGGUUCAAGUAGCACAAGGUUUCAUAGGAUUUAAAGCCUGGCCAGAAAAGACUUGUGUUUAUGAAAGAAGGUCAACUUUUUUCUUGAAAAGACAAAAAAAAACCAAGGAAGUUGGAAAGGUAGAAUCAUUAAAAGAAACAGGUAUAGUUGUAUUUUGUUAAUAUUAUUAUUUUUUCUUAUGUAUUAAUGUGUUGAAUGUUUGUUUUGUAAAUCUAGCAUUUGAUGAUGAAAAAAAAAUGAUAAUACACCUUUUUUAAGAUGCAUUUUUUUACGGAGGUGAUUGAGGAUGAAAGUGAAUUUGGUUUCUAUUGCUCACACCCUCUCUGCCUUGUGUAUAAACUUGUCUUGGUUUAUUUUUGUAGAGUUUCAUUUUGUCUUAUUCACCAAUGUUUUAUUUGCCUUUCCACAUCACUCUAAAAUGUUAAUAUUGCUUUCAACUUUUCAUCCAUCAUCACUUUUCAUCCACCCCCCCCCCCAGUUGCACCCAAUCAUAUGACCUGACCUUUUCUAAUUAUGAGCUUACUGUAUGAUGCCAUUUUGAUUUAUUUUCUUUUUCUCACUCCUGUUCUUUUCAUCUCUUUUUCAUAUGUAAUUUGAAAUUUCCAUUUGUAGUGUUAAGGAGAAUCUAACAAUCAUUUCUUCUACAAUCAUAUUAUAUCAGCUAUCUGAUUCUGAGAUGAGAUGGUGUUUUUUUUUUAAGUUGUGUUGUAAUGAGUGUAAAAUAAAUGAUAGGUGUAGCAGUAGGAUUUGAAGUAUAUGAAUAUUCUCUAUUAGAAAAUUAGAAAAGGCUCUAGAAGUGUAACUGAUAUCAAGAAUGGUUUUCAGGAGUAUUCAAGUAACACCUGGGCCCUGUCUUACAAAGAGUUGCGAUUGAUCCGAUCAAUCACAACUAUGGAUGGCCAGCAAUGUCAACAUCUGUUAUGCAUGUUUGUUCAAAAUAUUUUCUAGCUAUGAUAUAUAUUCAUGGAUUCAUUGUUUUCUGGAUAAUUCACUGUGCUUAUCUUUGUUUACAAAGGACAUUGUUCAUAUUUCAUGUAGAAAAAAUUAUGACACUGAUGGAUUUCCAUAGAGUUACGAUUGAUUGGAUCAAUCGUAACUCUUCGUAAGAUAUAUAAAAAAAAUGUAUUGUUAAAAAAAGUUAUCAAUUUGACUAUCUACAUUUAUACUAGUUUUUAAAUGCAUAAGUGCACAAAAUCAUAUAAUUACGGUACAUGAAUAUCACAACAACUAUAUUUUUAUACAUAUCAAGAGCAGUUUCAGAGGAUUUGUAUCAUAUUGUUAACUAAAUCCACUUGACCACAUAUCAAACAUUAGUUGUGAUGGAGUAAAGAAGUAGCUGGCCCGUUUCAUAAAACUUGUUAUGUUAACGGAAUCGCAUUGACGGUUUUAAGCUACUGAAAUCAUUCAAUUUGAUUGGCUGAUAGUCAUCUUGUUUGUUAGAGAAUUGUGCUUUUGUUAUUAUAACAAGUCUUUGUGGAACAGGACAGUCUGUGAUGGAUAAACUAUUAGAGAUGUUAUGCAAUAUAUGAAUGGAAAUGUUUAAAGUAAUCCCAUUGUCUGAAUGCAUAAUUCUCUAAUCCUACAGACUUUGUACAGGAACCAUACAGUUCUUGUGGCCAAUGGGCUGAAGAAGGGAGCUUACUAAUUAUCUGCCUAUUCAAAACAGACAUUUUCUUUGUAUUGUUGAUAUAUACAGCAUUUUGCAAUAUUUCUUGAAUUACUACUUCCGUAUUACACUUAUACCGUAAACAUGCGCUUUUGUUCCAUGCAUAGCAUAUGCAUGGUAGCCAUGAAAAAAACCGUCAAAUCAUAUAUGUAUCCUUCCUGUAGCAUAGCAGUGUUUAUAUGUGCAAAAGCCACAGGAAAAGAUCACUUCAAAUCAACACUUAUCAUGCUAUCUGUAUCUGUAUAUGAUAGUGAUUUGUGCAACUAUAGUUGUGAAUAGGCCUGUAUAUCAUGGGGAAAACACGCCAUGGCCAGGAAUCGUGACGGGACAUAAUCUGAGAGCAGUCUACCUAACAUAUCGCCCUCUCCUGGUGAACUUUGUAUCCAUGAUGAUUCAAACAUGAAACAGGAAACUCGCAUGGAAGUGUGGGUGUUAUCUUCUAAGCAGGAAAGCCGAUAUGAAUCUCACAUUGAUUUUAUCUGAUGGCGUAGAUUCUAAUGAUCAUGAUUGACCCUAUUGUUACACACACACCAACAAAACUGACCAAUGUUAUGUCUUUGGGAAUAGCAUAAUAGCUUUAGGCCAGUUAUUCAAUUUGAUACUUAAGCCAGAAUUUUAAGUAUUUUGCUUAAGUAAAAUACUUAACCAUCUUUGGUAUUCUGUUGUAUUUUUGGGCUAAGCAUUUUGCUUAAAUCCAAGUCAGCCACCUCCCUGACUUCAGGCUGGCUUGCGUGCAGUUUACAAAAUGUACAUACGUGAAGUCAACCAUACAUACAUUGCGCAUUAUUUGACUUUGGCUUUGUGACAUCACAAUGGUUAUUAUUUUGCUUAAAUGAUGGCUUGAUAAAGAAAAAAAAAAUGAAGUGAAUUGAGUAUGAAUGUUAGCAUUCUGCUUAGCCAAGUAAAAUAUUAAGUAAAUUACUUAUUCAAUCAAUACUUACAAUUGAAUACCAGCCUUGGUCAUCUUUUUGAUUUUCCUGGUGUGACGGGCAUAUAAAUAGUGAAGAGUGAGAAGUUGCAAUACUAUUCUUGCUCCUUAAAUGGUUCAUUCUUCAUGAAGGCAAUGGGAGCCCAAGGUAGGACCUCAUAAAUAUACAAGUAGCCCCAUUACAAUCAUGUACUAUUGGUCCGACAAGACUGGCAUAUAACAUUUAGAGCCAGGUGGGUGUUUCAUAAAGCUGUUCGUAAAGUUACGCACUACUGGAACAUAUGUCAUAAAUCAAUUACAUAGGGCUAUAUCAGAUAGCACAAGAAAGGAUCACCAGUCGUUCGUAAAGUCAUUCGUAUCUUCCGAAAAGCUUUAUGAAACACCCACCAGCCUUGUAAUACAUUGAUUUCAUUGGAGCUAAUUGUGUAUCCAUGAGGUCAUAUAUUGGACCCCCGUGGACCGAUUCCCACCAAAUUUGGGUUGUGGAGGAAUCCCAUCAUGAUCUACCGAAAUCAUGGUAUAAAAAGUGAUGAAAUGCAAAAAAUUGAAAAUUGUAUUUCCUACACUUAUCAUAGAUGAAAUAUAGAUAAAAUGUAGCAGAAUAGAUGGCCUUUCUUAAAUGGACUUGUGUCAUUUACAAUUUCAUUCUUUUGAAUGUUUUUUCUUGCGUAUUUAAAAGCUGAUUUAACUUUGUAAAAGGUAGGAUUCAUCUAGUUGUCGACCAUUAUCUAUUUUAUUUGGUGCACAUGUACAGAAAAUGUUGAUAGUGAGAUAUUUUUGUUCUGUUUCUGUGGUGCAUAGUCUUAAGUUUGGAUUUGUACAGAUGUCAAGAUAUGUGACCAAACGUGGAAUACAUGUACCUCGUAUGAUGAUUGUGUGUUUACAAUUCCAUAUUGUUCAUUAUUAAAUACCCAGCAGAGACGA